ACGAACGUCAUUCGGUUUAGUACGGAUUUUAUCGACACACUUAAAGAAGAAUUAUGUCAGCAAUCAAAAAUUUGGAUCAAUUACUGUAGUUUUUAUCUUUAUACUUUAAAUGAAAUAAACACUUUUUCUCAGGGAUAUAAUCAUGCCGCGUAAACGUCGUCAAGAUUCGUCGGAAGUGAGCUGUUUGAUGAAAUAUUUGAUGUUUGGAUUCAAUGUUUUGUUUUGGUUGACAGGUACAGCGAUGUGUGCAGUAGGGCUGUGGGCAUGGACAGAGAAAGAUACAAUCAAUAAUAUUGGAAGACUGACUAAUGUAGCACUAGAUCCUGCAAUGCUGUUUAUUAUAACAGGGGGUGUCAUGUUUAUUAUAGGAUUUGCAGGUUGUGUGGGUGCACUCAGAGAAAACACAUCACUUUUACUUUUUUUUUGCAUAUGUGUGGGGUUGAUUUUUGCUUUGGAGUUGGUGAUAGGGAUACUGGCAUUUGUUUACAAGGAUUGGGUUAGAGAUCAGAUAGAGGGUCAGUUAAACAACAUGAUCAUCAACUACAGGGAUGACCCUGACCUACAGAAUCUUGUUGACUGGGUGCAAAAAGACUGGUUACAAUGUUGUGGUGUGAGUGGAUACACAAACUGGCAGAACAAUAUAUAUUUCAAUUGUUCUUCACCUGGUGGUGAAGCUUGUGGUGUGCCUUUUUCUUGCUGUAAACAAAAAGGUGAGGCUAUAAUAAACAGACACUGUGGGUUUGAUAUGAUGAAAAGGGAGCAUGAUUCAGAUCGUGCAGUGAAUAUCUACACAGAGGGUUGUAUACCGAAAGGGGAGGCUUGGUUUGACAGGAAUUUAAUCCCAGUGGCUUCAGUGGCAGUUGGUAUAGCAGUUUUACAGAUAUUAGGUAUAUGUUUUGCUCACAAUUUACGCAGCGAUAUUAAAGCACAGAUGUCGAGAUGGAGACACUAGCCCUCGCCGAUUUAUUACGAUAUUUCCACCAUAUAUCAUGUAAACAAAUUUAUACAAUCGAAGAUCUGUCAGUCAUUUUUCACCUGUUGAAAAAAUAAUUUAAAUUUUGACUUUUUACAUCACACAGCUUUUCUUACCUUCCAUGCUGUUGUAUCUUGCCUAACCUGAACAUUUUUUGGAAUUAUAUAUGUGCUCCUUCAUUUAUAUCUUUGUAAGCAGUAACAAUUGUAUCCCACUGAAGAGAAAAGGUUACUUAAAUGAUAAAAUUUUGAAAGUAUCUGAAAAUUGUAUCCGUUCAUAUGUUACUCUCUCGUUUUUACAGAUACUAAUUAGUUAUAUUUGAUAAGCUAACUUAUUUUUUCAUGCUAUGAUAGUCAUGUUGCAGGAGAUAUGAUUUACUAAAAGAUGUUGAUAUCUUUUCUAUACACACAAAUUAUGUAUAUAAUGUACUAUUUAUGUCUUGUUAAAUUCAGUUGACUGUUGUUUAUGAUUGAUGUUAGUGAAAUACAUUAAAUUUUAAUUGUUUUUGUAUGUGGGAUAUGUACAUACAUUUACUUGCUGUUACUAUAGUUACCUCUAUCUUCUACUUAGGUAUUUUACAGAGUUAUCUCUCUUACAAUAUGUUAACAUACAAAGUCAACUAGGAAUCUUUUUCAACCUAAAAACAUCAAGUAUACAUGACUGUGUCUUUUUAGAAAAAUUCUCAAGUAAUAUUGAAAUAUUGUAGUACACUUAGGAAGUAGAUAAUGAAAACUCAUUUGUCAUCAGAACUACCAAACAAAAAUUUGCUUUACCUCCUUUGUGAAAAAAUAUCUUACUGGCUUAUGGAAUGUUAAUUUUUAUAUUCUGGUGCCAGGUUGUUCUUGAAAUUAAUGCUCAGAAAGGCACAUUAGGUAUUCCAGCAUUAAAACCAUCUGAUCCUAAUGUAUAUUACCAAAGACCAUCCUAUUCACCCACAUGUGAAAAUCCAGGUGUUAAAUGUUACACCAUUUCAAUAAAUCAUUAUAUUAUAUUUCUGUACAUUAUGUUCAUUAAACAUAAUUAUCCGAUAAAUCACAUAUCACAAUAAAUUUUGUCUUCUUGAUUGAAAAACAGUAACUAGAAUGUUAUAUGAGUUUGUUAUCCGUUAACAAAUCAAAAAUAUUGAGGAUAAAGAUAAAAGCCAUUCUUGAAGGCAGAGAUUCUUCAUUAAGAAGUAUUUCUGUAUGCCGUAAGGUAACUUCAGUCAUAUAAUGGUAUGAUGUCUGUCCAUCCGUCCAUGCAUCAACCACAUCUAUGUCUGCGCAAUAAAUGGGGAACUAUUAAGUGUGCUGUUUUCAUACUUUGUAAAGGGAUAUGGUCAUGGCCAGAUGAUGACCACUAUUGAUUUUGAAGUCUGUUGGUCAAGGUCGCAGUGACACCUAGUAAAAAAUACUUGUCCAGAAGGAAUAAGCCUAGGUUUUUGAAAUUUGGUAUGGUCAGGCCUAGGUUUUUGAAAUUUGGUAUGGUCAGGCCUAGGUUUUUGAAAUUUGGUAUGGUCAGUAGAUGACCUCUAUUUAUUAUGCAGUCAUGUCAAAGGGUAAGGUCACAUUGAUAGUUUAAAAUGCUUGUUUGAUCAUUAACUUGUUCCGGUUGUUUUCUUCUAUUUUUCAGUUUAGUCAGAUCACAUUUUAACAAUGAUCAUCUAACAGUUCAUAACCUGGAUGUAUCAUGCUCUGACACAUGGUGUAUUUUGCAUCUUUUCUAAUAGAGAUAUUUUUACUAAGGACUUAAGGAAAAAUAGUGAUAUAAAUAAUGCAUUUUAAUGAAAUCCAGUGUAAUCUAAAUAAGAAUAGCAGUAUAUAGCAAUAUCAUGCCAACUUCAAAUAAGAAUAUUAGCAUAUAUCAUGUCAACUUCAAAAGUUAUACCAUGUAACAGUAUCAUGCCAACUUCAAAGGUGAAAAUCAACGAAUUUAUUGUAACAGUAAAAUCAUGUUUACUCAAAGCACACAGGAAUGUGUGCACCAAAUUCAAUUGUUUUCACUACAUAAAUGUAUUCAGGUAAUUUCAGGAUUGAGCAAGUGUAUUAUAAAAUCUCCUCUAUUGUUUCUAGUCAUUAAUAUAAGAAUUUUCUAAUAACAUGACUUGUCUGUUAUAUUGUUUUAUCACCUAUAUUUGAUUAGGUUGUAAACUUGCUAUUUGUUAUAUUAUGUUGGUGAUCUGAGUGUAUUUUUCACAUUCCAGCAUAAUUAUGUUGUAGUAUCUUACAUUUGUAGCACUGCUUUCUUAGUUCUUACUUUCACUUUUUUCAUCAUUUUGUAGUUCAUCCAAAAUAUUCUUUUCUUCAAUUUGUGGCUUUGCUUUCUUUUCAGACAAUACUUUUUUUUUUCAUCAAAUUUGAUGCAGAUAAAUUCUGAUUGAGAUGCUUGCAAUAUAUAGAUUUUUAUAUAUGUAAUUUUACAUUCAUUUUGAUAUUUUAAAAGUCAUUUUUUAUUGAGUGAUAAAAUAAGCCAACCUGCCUAUCACCUCAGUUUAAAUUCUGGUUUGACAGUUGAAUUAUUUCAGGUUAGUAUAGGUGUCAAAGUGGCUAAUGAUCUAUUAAAUAUUGUAUUGAAAAUACCAGGAUAGCUAGAAACUAACAAAAUUAUAUGUAUAGAAACUAAGUGACUUAAAAUACUGCAUAACUAGACUAGAAGUUAAAAAAUGUUCAGAUAUAAAUUUGUGGAAUGUUUUUUUAUGAUAUUAAAUAUUAAGGUGCUGAUAACUUAUGAAAUAUCAAUAUUUAAGCUGUACCUUUUAUGAUUUUGUGGUACAUUACUUGUCAGAGACUGUGUGAUGAGAAAUCUUUAUUAUGACAUACAUUAAUUGAUGCAUGCCUCCAGAUGAGCUGAAACAUUUCAAGAAAGUCAACCUUAAGAACAAUGUUCUAAGAUUGGAACAAAAGUAGAAAUAUUUCCAAUUCAUGUAAAAAUUAAAAAAAAUUACAUGCAAUUAAUGACUGAUUUUUCGGUAUUUUUCACCAUAAUUUUACUGCAUGACUUGCAAAGUAAGGGCUAGUUUUGUAUAUUUUGACCUUUUUCUGGGUAAAUUUCAUAGAUUUUUAUGUGCUGUUUGCAUAUUUCUAUUGUUUGACUAAUGCAGUAAGGGCCUUUUUGUGUCGCCUCUACGGAGUGGUGGCGACAUAUAGGGAUCACUUCUCCGUCGUCUGUCUGUCCGUCCGUUCGUCCGUCACAAAACUUGUCCGGACUACUCCUCAUAAACUACUGGUGCAAUUUCAUCCAAACUUUACAGGAAUGAUCAGUACCAAGUCUAGUUGUGCAUAUUGUCAGCAUUUUUCGGUUCAAUGAUUUUUGUUUGAGUUAUGGCCCUUUAAUAAUUUUUAUUUUUAAAGUUUGUCUGGACUACUUCUCUUAUACCACUAAUGCAAUUUCAAUGAAACUAACAGGAUUGAUCUGUAGCUCAAGUCCUUGCGCAUAUUGCACGGGUUUUCCGGUUGAAUGAUUUUUGGCCGAGUUAUGGCCCUUUGAUAAAAAGGUGUUUUUUUCUGUGUGUUGCCAGAUACGCAAAAGCUUGUCCGGACUACUCCUCAUAAACUACUGGUGCAAUUUUAUCCAAACUUUACAGGAAUGAUCAGUACCAAGUCUAGUUGUGCACUGUCCGUCUGUCUGUCCGUCUGUCACAAAAUUUGUCCCAACAUGAAAUUGGCCAUCAUGAGGCGACACAUGUGAUUACUGAUCGCUCUUGUUUUGUACAUAUUUUGGCAUUUCAUUGGUAAUAUGUGUGGAUUAAAAAUGUUGUUUGCAAUGUGUAAAUUACUUUCUUCAAACGAAAAUACUUUAUUUUUUAAUACAUUUUCAAAAUGUUCAUUAAAAUAAGUAUGAAUCUGGAGGCAUGCUGCUUUUAAAUGCAAUAUCUUGUUUGUUUUUAUUUGUUUUGAAUCUUUUUUUGACAAGUCUUCAAAUUAUUUGUCAAGAUAUUAGACCUGUAUAAUUGACAUGCCUGUAAUCCAUUAGUAUUGAGCUAGGAAAGUAUGUUAUACAAAUUCAUCUACAUAUUACUGCAUAUAUAUGUGAACUCUUUAUAAUAUGCUUGCUUCAAUUGUUUAUCAAUCAAAUAAGUAUCAUAAAUGUCAAGAAUUGAUGUACAUGUAUUUAGCAAAUUUAAAAGCAUGUAACUUUUUUACUCUGAAAGUAAAAAAAAAACAUGCUUGUGAAAAUUUAAGACAUUAAUAGCAUAAGACAUUAAUUCAAGUAAAAUCUAAAGUACUACAUCACUAAUUUUAACAAGUUUGUUUAUGAAAAUUUGUGAAAAACUUUUGAAAGUACUUUAGUGUAUGUGUUUUGAAAAAAAAAAGUAAGUGACACAUAUCACUUAUGUUUUCAUCUCCGUAGCGGGAAUCAUGUUCUGUAAAUGGACAAGAGAAGGUCAAAGAAAGGUUUAAGAGUGUAAAAAUUUUGAUGUAAAUCCAUUUGGGAGAUAUUUUUUUCUUAGAAAAAUUCCUUUUACUUGAAAGUAUGUAAAAUAUAUAUUCAUUUAUAGGAGUUGUUUGUUUUAUAUAUGUGUUAGUCUUCAUUAUAACCUGUAAUAAAGUUGGUUGAAUUUAGUGGUUGAAAUUUAGUGUUAUUUUUUGCAUAUAAGCAAUCACAUUAUCAGUUUAUGAAGAUCUCGUUGGUAGCGUGUAACUUAUAUAGCACAUGUUUGUACUGUAUACAUUAUAUUAUUGUAUUUUACUGUUUUAACAUCACUUAUUAUCUUAUCUCCUGCAGGUUAGAAACAUUGUUACAAUUAUUAGGAAAUUUUUAGUGAUUAAUAAUAAACCCUUAGUUUUUGUAACUAUUGUAAGACAUGGAGCAGUAGUUACACAUCAUCAGAGAUGUUUAAAUUUAAAAUUGGUCAGAAUAGGGGCAUAUUUUUCUGGCAAAUUAGGAAUAAUUCAUGUGAAUUUACAGCUGUUUUCCAUUUUUGAGACACUUCACAGAUCUUUAUGUUGUUUUACCUUUAUUCGAUACAAAUUGACAUAAUCAUCAACAAAUUUUAAAAUGUUUAGUACCAUGCUUUCACUCUAAUAUUUUGUUAUGUUGAUGCUGUCAGUAAAGGGUCAAGGUUAACAGUAAUCAGAUAUGUCUUACAUUAUGAUAAAUGAUGCAUUAUAUUAACAAAGUUCUAGUCGUUUUAUGUACAUCAUGGCCUGUUAAUGCUUGCUUUUAUUUUGAUCACUAAUCAGACAUUUUCCAUCCAAUCUACUUGUAAAUCUUCAUUGCUUUACAGAAGUUUUAGUUUUAAUUUGGAAGGUUUUGUUUUACAUUCCUACAAUUGUUUUAUUUUGUAGUAUUGUUUAUAUUUUAACUAUAUAUUUGUACCUUUGUAUUGUGUAACAACCCCUUCUAGUUUUUUUAUAACAUGACUUUAUAAGUUAUUGGAUUCAAUAAUGCAUUUGUGUCUUUUGAAAUUUAUUAAGAGCUAACAAAUUAUUCUUGAUUUUGUAUAAAAAAUUUAUUUCUUUGGAAGGUGAACCUUAAAACUGACCAGAAUAAUUGUUAGAGCUCUGACAUCAGCUGCUUUACAGAAAAUUUUCAUGUCUUCAUGAUAAAGUCUGUGAAAAAAGGUUGUUUAUUUACUUGAGAAAUCCUCUUUUUAGUCCCCUACCGGUUUACCGGAGGGGACUUUAGGUUUACCCUCCGUCCGUCUGUCCGUCAGUCCGUCCGUCAGUCCGUCCGUCCACAAAACUGGAUCCCGCGAUAACGCAAAAAGUACUGAAAAUAUUUUAAUGAAACUUGAUAUAUGGAUAGAUGGCAGUAUGGAGAUUAUGCACGUCUUUUUCUUUUCUUCCUAUGUUGAAAAUUCUGGUUGCUAUGGCAACAAAUAGACUGAAAAUAUGGCAAAUUUUACACAUAACCUGGAUCCCGCGAUACCGCAAAAAGUACUGAAAAUAUUUUUAUGAAACUUGAUAUAUGGAUAGAUGGCAGUAUGGAGAUUAUGCACGUCUUUUUCUUUUUUUCCUAUGCUGAAAAUUCUGGUUGCUAUGGCAACAAAUAGACUGAAAAUAUGGCAAAUUUUACACAUAACCUGGAUCCAGUGAUAGCGCAAAAAUUACUGAAAAUAUUUUUAUGAAACUUGACAUAUUGGUAGAUGGCAGUAUGGAAAUUAUGCACAUUCUUUUCUUAUCUUCCUGUAUUGAAAAUUCUGGUUGCUAUGGCAACAAAUAGACUGAAUUUCAAGAUUUCUGAUUCUAGUUUUUUCACUAUAAGUUCUUUAUUUCUUAAGGUAUUUUCUUCAAACUUAAAAUAUAAGUUGCUAGUCAUCAACCACAUCAUAUGUGACAAAGUUUACAACUCUAGCACAAAAUUUAUCAGAAUUACCUCCCUGGAACUUAAAAUUUUCAUGAAAAAAAUAUUGUUUUUUUUAAUAACUUCUUUUUUUCUGAACUACUUCAAACUUCAUAUAAAUGUUUCUUAUUAUCACUCAACAUUUGUGAAAAAGUUCAAUACUCUAGCAAGACUAUUUCCAGAAUUAUGCCCUUUUUGAACUUGACUUUUUUUUGAGAAAUUGGUAAUUUUCUUCAAUUAUGUUAGGAUUUUCUUCAAACUCACACAUCAUAAUAAUAUGACAAUAAUAUGACAAGGUUUAUAAAUCUAGCAUCCAUAUUUCCAGAAUUAUCUCCUCCUUAAACUUUGUAUUUUUCCUAUUCGUUCUUUUAACUUUCAUUUACUUCAAAUUCAAAAUAAACAUUCAAUAUUCAUACCUUCAUUACUAAUUGUUCUUUGUUACACUCACAUCAUUUAUGACAUCGUUAUCUCCUUUUUUAAAAUUUUGCUUUAAAAAUGUUAUAUUUUGAUAACAGGGAUGUUUAAAAAAUAACUUUAGAGUGUCCUUCAGUCUGUCUGUCUGUCUGUACAUAAAAACUGUUCACUGUGAUCCUUAAAAUAGAAACAUAAGUGAAUGGCCAAUGGCCCUUCAGAAUGUUGCUUGGGCUCUUACCGGUAGGGGACUUAUUGAUUGCUUGCAAUACUAUGAUAAUUGCUUGUUUCUAUUUGUUUUUUUCUCUGUUAACUUGUCAAUUUAUCUAUUAAUACUAUGUAUGCUAAUUUGAUUUUGUAAUUAACACAAUGAAUGGAAUCUGAACUUAUUAUUAUGCCCCCACUGUGGAAGUAUAAGUAGCAUACAGUGAUUUGGUGACCUGACCAUCCAUGUGUAGUAUGUCAAGUUUUCUUUGUGCAGCCUUUUAUUAUUGUGUGAUUCAUUUCUCGGUAAAGUAUAAUCUGUAGUUCAUGAAAGUUUGUAGGGCCUUAGAUGACCUUUAAUAUCUUUUAGGUCAUAAGGUCAAGAUCAGUGACACUUUGUGUAGAAAUCUUUAUUAAACUCUAGAAAUUGUUUAACUUAGUAUAGAUAUUGCUCAUGGCCAGUACAGGAGUCCUUCUGAUUUUGAGAUCAUUUAAUCACUAUAUGCCAUCAUUAUCUGAUUAAUAAGCCUUUGACUGUGAAACUUUAUAUGGACAUUGCUCAUGUCUUAUAGAUGACCCCUAGUAAUGUUAAGGUCAUUAGGUCAAGGUCACAGCGACACUUGAUGUAAAAUCCUUAACUUAUCAUUAAGACAUUGGUUUUUGAAACUUAAAAGAUAUUAUACUAUUGUUAUAAUUAUGUAUUACUUAUAAAUAUUAACACUUUACCUUUCUGUAAAAAGCAUGUAAAUAUUCCACUGUGACAGGCAGAUAAAGUGGUGGCAGAUGUGUCCUAUGGACAUAUACCUUGUUUGAUUCAUGAGAUAAGAGAACAUUUAACUAACUGUAAGUUAAAAGAAAAGAUCAGACAUUUAGUUACACAUGUAAAUGUUUUUCAUUGAUUUUUUUUCAAGAAAACUACAAAGAAUUAAAUAUUUGUAGUUGACACUUGAUUGCUACAAUAUACAUGUAGUUAAUGAUUUGGGUUUGGUUAAGUAAGCCACUCGUCUAUUCAAAUAUAAAUUCAGAUGCCAGGAGUUUGUGUACUGUAUAUCCAAAGACUUUUUAUGACAUCAUUUACAUAAACAUUUUCAAUGCAAUAAUAUGCUUUUAAAUACACUAUAUAUUGUAAGAGCAAUACUGUUAUUUUUACCAAUAGUGAAUAAAAUGUUUUACAGUAUA